AUGCAAACCGAGAAUUGUCCCAUUUAUUGUUGUUGUAGAGAAGUCUUAAGAACAUUAGAAGAAAGAAAAAAGAGGUCAAGUAAAAGAAAUUUAUGUCAACGAAGAAGACAUAUUAAAGCAUUAUGUUUUUAUUAUUUGAAUCAAAAAGGAUAUUCGUUAGAAUUCAAAAAGACAAGUAUUACUAAGCCAAAUGAAUUUAAAAUACUUGUAAUCAAAAAUCAAAAUGGUGAAAUUAUUUUCAAUAGAAAAAAUAUUAAAGAACAAGCUAUAAUCAAUGGACUUACUGGUUAUGAAAGAAAAAAGUUCAUUGAAUUUAAUACAAUACGUAAGUUAGUUAGAGAACUAGAACUUCAAGGUAUGUUUAUUACUUUCCAGUCACUAAGAAGUUCUACUGACAUUGCCCAACUAACACUAAAUGACAAUAUAGAACAACAAGUACAAACAACUGGAAAAGAAUGUUUUUGUAAAAUCAAUGAAUUGAUUGAAGAUGAUUUAUGUGUAAUUCCACCUUAUUACCUCUAA